AUGUGUGAUGAAUGUAAAAAGUACUUUUGUGUCAAGCAUUUCGAUCAACAUCGCCAACAACUGUCGACAAAAUUUGAUGUUGAGAUUGUAAGAACUCAUGAUGAACUUCUUGAUCAAAUCAGCCGAGUCAAUCAACCGAAUACUAGUGGUUCGAGACUUUUCGGUGAAAUAGAUCGGUGGGAAACUGAAACCUACGAAAAAGUUCAUAAAGCAGCUGAAAAAGCUCGUCAUCAACUUACUCAACUGCUCACUGAAGGGAAAGACACGUUGAAAAAAGACUUUGGAAUAAUGACAAAGGAAAUUCGUAAUCGACGAAAAGAACUCAAUUUUGAUGAAAAUGAUAUUGAACGACUUCAACAAAAGUUGAAUCAAAUUGAAAUAUUAGUAAAUCGACUUGUUCGAUCAACAGAAACAAACGCGGCCAUAGUGACAAAUGAUCAAAUCAAUUGGAAUCGGGUUAUAUAUGUUGAAAGCAAUCAUGCCCGAAUGGCAUCACUACGCUCAAGCUCAGUUGACAUUCAUCCAAAUGCAAAAUGGAACCAAACUGGUGUUACUGUAGCUGGAGGAAAUGAAGAAGGCAAUGGAAUCAAUCAACUCAAUUGCCCUUGGGGUUUGUACGUUGAUGAUGAGCAAACAGCUUAUGUUGCUGAUGAAUCAAAUCAUCGUAUAAUAGAAUGGAAAUCAGGUGCGACGAACGGCAGAAUCGUUGCUGGUGGAAAGGAAAAUGUAGCUAAUCGGUUAAACCGUCCAGAAGAUGUGAUUGUCGAUAAAGAACGAAAUAGUCUCAUCAUCUCCGAUUUUGGCAAUAAAAGACUAGUUCGAUGGCCUCGUCAAAAUGACACUAAUGGAGAAAUAAUUAUUUCAAACAUUUACUGCGUUGUUGCAGGUGGCAAUGGAGAAGGAAAUCGUCUCGAUCAACUCUUGAACCCUUAUUACCUAUUUGUCGAUCGAAAUCAUUCAGUGUACGCGUCUGAUAAUACGAAUCAUCGUGUAACGAAAUGGGAAGAAGGUGCAAAGCAGGGUAUUGUUGUAGCCGGUGGUCAAGGAUAUGGAAAUGAGCUUACACAAUUAAAUGGUCCACUAGGAAUCGUUGUUGAUCAAUUGGGUACUGUCUAUGUGGCUGAUCGAUCCAAUCAUCGAAUUAUGCGUUGGCCAAAAGGAUCUACACAGGGAACUGUCAUUGUUGGUGGGAACGGUCCAGGAGCACAAUCAAAUCAAUUGUCUUAUCCAUAUGGUUUGUCCUUCGAUCGACAUGGUAGUUUAUAUGUCGCUGAUCAGUGCAAUCAUCGAAUACAAAAAUUUGACAUCGAAUAG